AUGACGUUACGUGAAACGUCGUUUUAUCUUUCAUUUAUUCAACAAUCACGAUGUUAUUAUGCCAGUUUUCAUCCAAAACCAAGACCUGGAGGUGGAUAUUAUCUUAUUAUGCAAAAAUUUAAAACAAAUGCAAUUCUUUUUGAUACAUUUGAUGAAGAUCAUUUAUCUCAAACUUUUAGACUUCGUGUUGUUGAUCACCAAAAACGAUUUCAAUCUUUACACUUAGGAAUUGAACCUUUUUCUCCAAACAAUUUAUAUCUAUCGUCAACACAUCAACCGUCAAUUCGUUUUCGUUUAAUUAAUAAAAAAUUUGAAUGUUUAAUACAACAUGAAUCUCCUCAAAUUGGUACAACAGAAAAUAUAACGAAUUCUUCAGUUAAUGAUCAGUUUGAUGUAUUAGGUGAAUUGUAUGCUGGAAAACAAACAAAAGAAGGAAUAAUGGUUGUAGUAAACACUGCUCAACAUUUUCUCUAUAAGUCUAAUUUGUCAGGAAUUUAUGGAAUUGGAACAUAUGCAGUUCCAUUUAAGCCAAUUCAUUUCAUAUCAAUGAUCAAUGAAAUACCAAAUGUUGAUAUUAUUCCUGGAACUGUUUAUUUUAAAGCUUGUCUUCAUCAAAAUUUUGAACAUUCAACUCUCUUUAAAAUGGAACAAGGAGAGAUUGGCGUUAAAUUUCAUGUAAUAUGGAAUAAUUCACCAACAAUGAAAACAGUUUCUGGUGAUUGGUGGGUAAAGGCUCUUGGAAAUGGGGAAGGUGGAAAUGAUAUUGUAUUUUGUGAAGAACAAGAAGCUAACGAGUUUUGUAUUUCUGGUGGAAGAUUAGAAGUCAUAGAAAAUGGAAAAAUAAGGACGUAUAUUGGAUUAGGAGAGAAGAGAGAUGAUGAAAGUUUCUUUUUAACAACAUAUCCUUUAGAUUUAUUAACUUUUAAAUUAGAAGUAAAAAUUAUUAGAUAUUUUGAUAAUCAGGAAAAAACUACUCUUGAAGUGUAG